ACAGACGCUGAUGUGGGGGAUCCGGCGACUGUGUAGAGGCCGGUGUUUGUGGAAGCUGUGUGGGAGAUGGCGGAACCUCUGAGGAGACGUGGUCCGACGUCCCGCGGUGGCCGGUGUCCUCGCGCUCCGCACUCUCCAACUAGGCUCAUUCCAGACACCGUGCUUGUGGACUUGGUCAGUGACAGCGACGAAGAGAUCCUGGAAGUCGUCGCGGACCCAGUUGAGGUGCCGGUCGCCCGCCUCCCCGCGCCAGCCGCACCUGAGCAGGAUAGCGAUAGUGACAGUGAAGGGGCGGCCGAGAGGCCUGCAGGAGCCCCGCGUACUUUGGUCCGACGGCGGCGGCGGCGGCUGCUGCUGGAUCCUGGAGAGGCGCCGGUUGUUCCUGUGUACUCCGGGAAGGUACAGAGCAGCCUCAACCUCAUUCCAGAUAACUCAUCCCUCUUGAAACUUUGCUCCUCUGAGCCUGAAGAUGAGGCAGAUCUGACAGAUUCUGGCAGUCCUCUCUCUGAGGAUGCCCUGUCUCCAGGUUCUUCUCCCUGGAAAAAGAAGCUGAGGAAGAAGCAAGAGAAAGAAGAAAAGAAGGUGGAAGAAUUUGCGGACCAGGACAUCUUUCCUUUGCCCCAGCCUUCACCAAGGAACAAAAGCAGAAAGCAUACCGAGGCGCUCCAGAAGUUAAGGGAAGUGAACAAGCGUCUCCAAGAUCUCCGGUCCUGCCUGAGCCCCAAGCAACACCAGAGGCCAGCCCUUCAGAACAUAGAUGAUGAGGUGGUCCUAGUGGAAGGGCCUGUCUCGCCACAAAGCCCUCGACUUUUUACACUCAAGAUCCGGUGCCGGGCUGACCUGGUCAGAUUGCCUGUCAGAACAUCGGAACCCCUUCAGAAUGUGGUGGAUCACAUGGCCAAUCAUCUUGGGGUGUCCCCAGACAGGAUUCUUUUGCUCUCUGGAGAGACAGAACUGUCUCCUACUGCCACACCUAGGACCCUAAAGCUUGGAGUGGCUGACAUCAUUGAUUGUGUGGUGCUAGCAAGUUCUUCAGCGGCCCCAGAGACGUCCCAGGAGCUCCGGCUCCGGGUGCAGGGGAAGGAGAAACACCAGAUGUUGGAGAUUUCACUAUCUCCUGAUUCUCCUCUGAAGGUCCUCAUGUCACAAUAUGAGGAAGCCAUGGGACUCUCGGGACAAAAGCUCACGUUUUUCUUUGAUGGGACAAAGCUUUCAGGCAAGGAGCUGCCUGCUGAUCUGGGCCUGGAAUCUGGAGAUCUCAUCGAAGUCUGGGGCUGAAGACUUCACCAUGUUCAGAUGCAGAGCCAAGACAUGGGGGCAAUAGCUCCCACUUUUAUUAUGAUGAUUUUUUGCCCAAUAAGGGCUAACAGAAACUGAAUUAGAACUCAUUUACUUAUUUAUUUCUGGUGCUGGGGACUGAGCCCUGGACUGUGCAUAUGCUAAGGACGUAUGUAUGAAAUUGAGGCAAAACCAAGGCAUUACCUUUGGCCUGCCUCUAGUAGACUGUAGUGUUGAGCAGGUGGCUACUUGGUAGUUGUGUGGCUGUGUGUAUGUUUGUGCUGUAUUUGGCAGCCCCUGGGGCAUGGAGAAGGAAGGGAUCUUGGCUUCCCUGCCAUUUCAUGGUCACUAGUGCCCUUUACUUCAUCUGUUCUGUGACGCUGCCUGUGUUGAAUGUGUUGAACUCAAUGAGCAUUGCUUUGGGUGUCCAGGCCUGGGGUUUGUGCCACAGUUGGGGCCAACAGUGACUUUCAUUCUCAUUUGGGGGCUGAGAAUGUAGUUUGAGGUACAUUUCCUGGUGGGGACACUUGAUUGCAAGAUAAACAGGCAGUGACAUAUAUGCUGAAGUUGAGGACUAGGUAGAAAAGUGUGUAAUUUUUAAAGGCUAAUGAUUGUUGUGUCUUCAGCCUUAGGUAUCCACUCUGCCAGCACUCUAGCCAAUGUCUGGAACAUACUUCCUGGCAUGGACACCUAGCCACAUUCAAGCACAUGCAUCUGUUGAGUGUGAGAUCUUUCUAGUUCUUGGUCUUCCUCCCUCACGCUCUCUUUCCUGUUAGUACCUACCUAAGAUAUUUGUAUCCUCGAAUAUGAAUGUCCUUAUAAGAAAAAGUUCGGAAUGCAUGUGGUUUUACCAUAUAUACAUGGUGUUGUGCAAUAGACAGUCUGUUAUCACUCAGAAUGAGUAAUCAUCUAGCUACGUUAGCGCCUUCUAGAUCCCUGUUGCUCUGACCCUCUGUGAGUGCCACAUAGUGGCAUUAGAUGAUUUUACUCACACAUUGCCUUAAGAGGGGAUGCCCAAGUCUCUGGCUCCUUGGAACCAUAUUCCAGGCCACAGCAAACAUCUUUAAUGUGUCCCUUCUGAGCCAGGGUAGGUCAUUCUUUGGUGUACUUGUCCAGGCUGGGACUGUGGGUUAGACAUGUUCAUUUUUCCAGUUUCUUCAGGGUUUUCUUUAGAAUGUGGACUGGCCUUUCUUGGCUUCUCUUUCCUUAUCUUUACAGCAUUUGGUUCUGUUGAAAUCCUGGUUUUGGUAGUAGAUGCCUAUAAAGCACCACAUAUCUUAAUAUCCCUUUAUCUGAUGACCAUUUCUUAUGCAUGGCCACCUUCUGGGUUUUUCUUUGUUAGCUGCUGUCUUCUCCUGAGGUGGCUUCCUUUUGUGUGUGUUUCUUUUCCUUGAGGAGUUGCUUGUGUUCUGGGCAGCUGCAAAAAAACCCCUCAGAAUAGCACUUUGUGUAUCCAGAUGAUUUUUACCAGCAGACAUUCUUAAAUUUAAUGUAGACAGUUGGCUUUUGUUAGGAAGUUUUUGGUUUGUUGUGUUUUUAAGGGAAAAUACAAAAGAGCUUCCAGAGUGGGUGGGGCUCUAGUGGAGAAUCUCAGGAUUGACACUUUUGGAUUUCUAAGCUAGUUUAAGAAACUUUGAUUUUCUUCUGUUAGCUCCAUAUUUUUGUUCUUUUGUUUUUUCUCUCAUAUUGAGACCACUAAAUGAGACUAGAGUUGUAACUGCUCUGCCCUGGUGUAGAUAGACUGUUCUGAGCCCUCAACCCUGGUUCUCUCCGGUUUCUGCUGGCCUGUGCUGGUUGCUGACUAUUGUAUGUUACUUAUAAACUGUCUGAAAUGCACCUUUGUGUGGAAGAACAAUUUUUAUUUUAAAUUAUAAUGAGCCAGUUUUCUAAACAUUGUCUACUAAAAAAACCAUUAAUUGACUAAUGUGUAGCCUGAUUUCACAGAAGUAUGACGACUCCUUUUUUGUGAGAAUAUAUGCCAUUCCUUUGACUUUGGUAACAUUUAAAAAAUCCAUGAUAUAGUAUGGCUUCCAGGUUUUUCAGCUCUUGUAUGCCCAUUAAUGAAUGAGUCUGAACACACUAGUAUGUAUCCAAUCUCAACCGAAUAAAGGGAGAUGCCUUUAGAUUAUGAGCA